GUGGGGGUAGGGGUGGGGAAACAGGGGAAGGAGGGUUUGGUGGAAUGCUUCCUCUUUCCAGGUCAAGGAGAAGCUCUGGGGACCACCUGGGGCCUCACCCCUCCCACCUCCUUGCUGGGGAAGUGCCCAGUCCAGCACCCCUUCCACAGGCACCUCCCUCCCCUCCCGGCUCUUGCAGUGCUGGGUAUGAAUCAGCUCUCACAGCUUGUUAAAAAGCUGGACCUCUUGUUUUCAUGCCCUCACCUCAGGAAACAGAGUUGUAGGGCUUCCAGCUCUACUCAGCAGGGGGCCAGGGUCCUCACUUUAUAAACAUCCCCAGCCUAUGAGAGCAGAGGGGCAUAGAGAUGGUGUGAGACAGAAGGCCAGAGGGGGAGAGAAAGAAAGAGACACUAACAACUCAAGGAGCAAAGAAAAGCCAGGGGACAAGUCCAGAAUACAAGAACAGAGCAGCAGCAGCGGAAGAAGCCAAGAAGAAUCUGACAGGGCUGAAGACAAUGGCCCUAAGGAUGCUCUGGGCUGGACAGGCCAAGGGGAUCCUGGGAGGCUGGGGGAUCAUCUGCUUGGUGGUGUCUCUGCUUCUUCAGCAUCCAGGAGUCCACAGCAAGUGUUUCUUCCAAGCUCAAGCCCCCUGUCACUAUGAGGGGAAAUACUUCACCCUGGGUGAGUCCUGGCUCCGCAAGGACUGCUUCCAUUGCACCUGUCUGCAUCCUGUUGGUGUGGGCUGCUGUGACACGUCUCAGCAUCCCAUUGACUUUCCUGCUGGGUGUGAGGUGCGUCAGGAGGCAGGAACCUGCCACUUCUCCCUGGUGCAGAAAUCUGACCCUCAGCUGCCCUGCAAGGGGGGAGGGCCCGACCUAGAGUGGGGCUCAGCCAACACCCCUGUUCCUGGAGCUCCUGCUUCCCACUCUAGCUAAACUCAACUGAUCACCAU